GCACCGGCCGGCGGGCGAGUGGCGGGAAGUGAUAUUUUUUGUAAUACAGACGUGCUUUAUUUAUGAUUUUUUCCAAUAAUAAUGUCUUAUUCAAUUAAAAAAGCAUUAACCCAGGUGAGAACCUGUUACCGGCGUUUUCUCGAAAUGAAUCGCAGCGACUGUUGGAAGCUGCAGAUGUGCGGCUCGGAGUCGGAGAUGCGCGAGGUGGCGGCUCGCAUCUGCCGGAACUACCUGCACGGCGCCUGGAAGACCGUGGCGCCCGCAGACCUGGACUUCAAGAGGAUCAGUGGUGGCCUGUCCAACUUCCUGUACUACGUGGCGCUGCCGCCACCUCCAGAUCACGCCGGCGUCGCACCCGCGCUCCCGGAACCCGACGCGAACGCACGGGAUGCCUCGCCCGACGCCGACGCGGCCACCCGCCUCCAGAAACAUCUCAGCUCAUUCUGCAUGGACGAGCCUAGGAAGGUGCUGCUCCGGAUCUACGGUCAGGUGCACGGUGAGCGCGCCAUGGACGCCAUCGUGACCGAGUCCGUCAUCUUCACGCUGCUGUCGGAGCGUCGGCUGGGACCCAAGCUGCACGGCGUGUUCUCAGGCGGCCGCAUUGAGCAGUACAUUCCGGCUCGCUCGCUACUGACCAAGGAGCUCUCGGAGCCGGCGCUGUCGAUGAAGAUCGCGGAGAAGAUGGCGGCCAUCCACAACAUGGAGGUGCCGUUGUCCAAGGAGCCCAACUGGCUGUGGAAGACGAUGGCCAAGUGGCUGCGGACCGUCAAGGAGGAGAGACUGGCCGAGGGGGCCAAGGGAAAGAAUGAGGAUGAAGACCGCAUCAUAGCGCGGCUGCGUGCCGUGGACUGGGACGCCGAGAUAGAAUUCGUGAAGAAGCUGUGUGGCAACGUGCACUCUCCCGUCGUGUUCUGUCACAACGAUAUGCAGGAAGGCAACAUACUCCUGCUGGAAGACGAGGCCCCCUCGGGCGAGGAGGAGAUGUCCCUGGCGCAGUACUCCCGCAGCCUGGAGGAACACUCGUCGGACAGCGUGUCGUCGCACCACAGCGACUUGGGCGAGCCCCGCCUCGUGCUCAUCGACUUCGAGUACUGCGCCUACAACCACCGCGGCUUCGACAUCGCCAACCACUUCCAGGAGUGGUGUUAUGACUACACCAACCCGCACCACCCCUUCUACCACGAGCGCCAGGAGGAUGCGCCCACCCUCGAGCAGCAGGAAAUCUUCCUGAAGGAGUACGUCAAGCACUUCUCGGGUGGCGCUGAGGGUCCCCGCGACGCCGGCAUCGAUGAGGUGAACCACCUGCUGAUGGAGGUGGAGACGUUCGCGCUGCCCGUCAACAUGUUCUGGACGCUGUGGAGCGUCGUGAACGCGUCCAAGAGUCAGAUCCCCUUCGGUUACUGGGAAUAUGCACUGGCUCGAUUGGAGACUUACUACAGGCUGAAGCUGGAGAUCGUGAAGAAGGACAAGUCAGGGUUGCCGCAGAAGAGGAAGAUAUGUGAAGUGGACAUCUGAGCGGCGCCGCGCGCGCUCGAUACGGACUCCGGCGCCGCAGUGUAGUGCCGCCAUGUUGGAUGACGUCACCAGUGUGUAGUGUGUGAGGCGCCACGUGCGCGGGUGGCGGCCAUGUUGGAUGACGUAUAGUAUGUGAGUUACUUGUGAUAAAUAGUUUAGCAGGAGUGUGUGUAUGUUUCGGUAGUGAAUUGUAUAUAUAUAUAUAUUAUAUAAUGUAUGAACUGUAUGUUUAGAACGGUAUUGGAUUACAAUGGAGUGAAUGUAACUCAAGGCGGCAGCAUUCCGCGGUGAUCACUUGCAGGUGACAGCGCGCGUAUUCCGCGGUGUAUAUAUUGUGUAAUUACUUGUAACGAUUGUGAUAUAGCUUUUAUUGUGAGCGUUACACUCGACGACACGACCCCGAUAUGACCGUCGGUGUUAGAGCCGUAGGGAGAAUGGAACCGCUUACAUUCCUAUUCGUAUUGUAACUCAAACGUGGGCUUUGAUUAAGUACUUACUAUUGAGAGACAUCAUUAAACUUUGUCAUUUAGUUGACUGAAUCCAUUGUAUUUUCGAAAAACAUCGGUCCACGUCCGACAUUGUUGUCGUGCGUCGUCUCGUUGACGGUUUGUUUAACUCGCACAAACGUCACUCCUAUUGUUUGUAAUUCGCUUAACUGGCAAAUAUAAGUUAAAUUGAUAAAAUAUCUUCCUCCGCGAUCACAAUAAUAAUAAUUUUAAUAAAACAUAUACCCAUCUCAUUAUGAUGCAUUCUGACGGUUUGGCGUAAUUGAAUAUCAAACAUACUAUAAAUAAUAGUCUAGAGAUUGUAUCUAAUAGAAUAUUGCCCGACUCAAUCAACAGAUGGCGCUAUACGUUUGACACCACACGACAAAGUUGUUGUCAAUGAGUGUCAAUGUAAAUAACUUACUGACUUUAAAUGUAAUACUUUUAAGAGGAUCAGAUACGUUGGAAAUGAUGCAAAUAAAAAUAGGGUGAAUAAAGCAAUAGGAAAAAAGACAACUAGUAUUUGUGACUCGAUACACUAAUGUUACUAGCUGAUAAAACCUACCCCAAUCAGGACGUAUUCCAGUGUAAAGGUACGGACAGACGUGCUCAAAAAAAGCGUGCUUUUAAGUAUGCUCAAAGUUAGCAUGCUCAUGCAACUGUUCACAUUUGCCAGCAAUAAGCAUGCUUGCUUAAGCAUACUCAUAAAGAAGCAUGCUCAAAGCAGACAUACCGGACAGACGUGCUGCUAUUUGGCACCAGGCUCUUGGACAAAAUGGAUGUACAAAGAUAUAGUGACAGUGAUAUCCAUACAGAACUCAAUAAAAUAAUUAUAGUCGCCCGCCGCGGAUCGAGAUCAAAUCGAUAAUAGCAUGCUAAUAAGCAAACCUGUUCAGACGCGCUCGGAGCACGUCCCCUUCUACCCGCGCCUCAGGUAGCAUGCUCAAAAAUCAAACGUCGAUUGAUUUUUAAGCACGCUCUAAAUAAGAAUGCUCAUUACAGUACACACGUGCUACUAAUGAGCACAUGCUCAAUAUAAGCAUGCUUUCGUGCUAGUAAUGAGCACAUGCUCAAUAUAAGCAUGCUUUCGUGCUAGUAAUGAGCACAUGCUCAAUAUAAGCAUGCUUUCGUGCUAGUAAUGAGCACAUGCUCAAUAUAAGCAUGCUUUCGGGCUAGUAAUGAGCACAUGCUCAAUAUAAGCAUGCUUUCGGGCUAGUAAUGAGCACAUGCUCAAUAUAAGCAUGCUUUCGGGCUAGUAAUGAGCACAUGCUCAAUAUAAGCAUGCUUUCGUGCUAGUAAUGAGCACAUGCUCAAUAUAAGCAUGCUUUCGUGCUAGUAAUGAGCACAUGCUCAAUAUAAGCAUGCUUUCGGGCUAGUAAUGAGCACAUGCUCAAUAUAAGCAUGCUUUCGGGCUAGUAAUGAGCACAUGCUCAAUAUAAGCAUGCUUUCGUGCUAGUAAUGAGCACGUCUGUCCGUACCUUCACGGUGCGCGUGCUCACUAUAUUACUGAUUGUUCUAAUGUAUAAACAAUAUUAUAAUAUAUGAUAUUUAUUUAUCACCAUUUUGUACAUAAAUAAAUGCCUGUAUAGUGUUUAUUUUAUAUUGCCGGAAUCAAAGGAGAUAUUUGGCUUGUUUUAAUUAUUGCAAUUCAACAAAAUGAUUUAUGUUUUCUUUAGUGUUAAUUCCGCCAAUAUUUGUUUCUCUUGCCAGAUUUUGACGAGACACGUCCUGAGGAUGCCUCGUGUAGAGGCGAAACACGUGUCGAUUUGUUUAAAAACAAAUAUUGGCGGAAUUAACACUAAAGAAAACUUAAUCAUUUGUAUAAUUAUGGAUUUUCGCAAAGUAACGCCUGCUUCAAUAUUUUUUUUUAUUGUAAUUCAGGUUGUAAUGUUAUUGUUCAUUGACAGUCGCUAUCAAAUCGGCAAUUAUAUUAUUUUUAAAUUAAAUAAAUUUUAUUAAUGAGUUAGUAGAUUGUUAUAAUCAUUGUGUUAAUGAUGCUGGUUGUAUCCAAGAUACUGAUUAGAGUGACGUCUGUUCUGUUACUAUCUUAUAUACCUAUACUAUUAUAUUAUUAAGGAAUUGUUUCGAAAUAUUAAAAAGUUAUGUAGAGUUGUAAAAGAAUAUAUUGAUUUCGUGCGGAAAUGGAAGCGAUACAAUUUGUUGACUUAAUGUGAUCGGGUCUGGUGAUAGUAAUGUAUCUGUGACGUCAGCAGGCAGUCCUCAGCUCACGAACGGUACAGAACAGUUUGUACUUUAGAAGUGUCGGGCAUUAUAAGGCUCGAGAUCUAUAUAGCGUACUUAGAAUUGGCUUAGUAAAGACUUACACGAUUUUUUUAAUUUAUGCCCAAUGCAAAGGUCCCACGCCCGGCCAAGUUUUACGCGAGUAAUUUGAUACGACAUAAACACCUUUCAUAAAAGCCGGCAAUGCUCCUGUGAUUUCUCUGGUGUUAAAAGGCAUUUAUUUUCUCAAAAUUUAUUCCUUUAGAAUUCUUUUUGAUGUCGUUUCUAAUUUUUUUGCGCUUUUUUCAAUAAAAAUAUACAAUAUUGUACAGUCAUUUCUAUCGCUUUAAAAUAAUCACAAUCUUGUCCCAGGCUGUCCGAUCAUUUAGAUAUUCAGCAGUGGAGUAAUAGGAUUUAGUUGCUAGAGACGUGUGAUCAGCGGUGGACGGCGGUGAUCCCUUAACACCGGGUGACCCGUACGCUCGUUUGUCCUCCUUUUCCAUAAAAAAAAGUCUGAGCCAAGUACGCUCUCUAAAUAUCAGCCUACGAUGACCAGAUGGACAUGUUCUAUAAAAUGUGAUGGAUAUAGAGAUUUUAAUUAUUAGAUUAUGCUGUAUUUAUGACUGUAAACUAUUUAGGACAUCCUACUUUAAUUCAUAGAAAGAUAAUAUUUAGUAUUUUAUUGUCUAGCUACAACAUUAUAUUUAAAAAAAAGUCUAUCUUUAAGUGUAUGGCUUUGAUCAUACAAAUAAUUGUUGGUGAUAAAAGUAUUAAACCGAAAUGGGUUACUUUGGACCUCCAACAGUUGGUUUUAUUAUUGCUAAGAAAUUAAACUUACUUAUUGGCACAUAUAACAUAAUAGUAGUCAUUUCAAAGAAAAAUGGAAAAUACGCUUAAAAUUGUCAGAUUACUCAUAUAAGAUUGUCUUGACCUCAGUGACCUGUACAAACACUGGACUGAUUUAAUUUGACUCCCUCCAUUUUGACCCGCUGACAGCAAAUGUGAGUGUACAGACUAAAGUUCACGUUUCAUGCGGCGUCUCAAUGUGUAAUCCGUUAUCAAGUGUUUAGUUGUCUCCAAAGGAAUGUAAUUACUACGUUAUAAGAGGCGGGAUUGCCUAAGUAAGUAAUAUGGCAUUAAGCAUAAUCCGGCUAUUUGAACGAAGCGAACAGUUGCUUAAGAUGUAGUGUAUUCCGGCUAUCUCCGUUUUUUACAAGACUAUAGCCGUCAUCUGUCAAUCUAUCGCUUCUUUCUUAGAGAGUUUCGCUAGGUUGGUUCUCUCUUGUCGGACCUACCUGUGAGUUUAGUAUAUUGUAAUGUUGUAAAGAACAUUUACUGUUACAUAUUUUUUUUUACAAUCGACAUGAAUACCUUAAAUUCUAUUAAAACGUUUACCUUGAACAUAUUGCAUAUUUACAAUUAAAUGUCAAAAUAGUUUCACUGUACCCUCAUUGUGGCGCCUCAGUUCCGACACAAGACGCAGCUCUCACGCUAUCUCACGUGUAAGCGGGACGCGAGUCUAACGUGCGCGUUAUAACGAUCAGUGAUUUAAGAGCACUGCUCCAAAAAGACUGCCAUUUUUUUCACUGGCUGAACAUUUCUAUGAAAUGCGAAUGGUCUCAUUUGGUAAUAUUUCACAAACAUUUUUAUGUUCAAUCUUUAUUGGGAGGGUAAAUUGUGAUCUGUUGAUAAACAUUUUUGGAUUGUAAUAUAACCCUAUGACUACGCCUUUACUUAAAAGUUUAACUAUAAAUGUUAAUAAAUUAUAUUGGGUUGUGUAACUUAAUUUAUUUAAUGUUUCGAUACUAUCACUUCGAGUGUUGUAAUGUUAAAAACUGUUAGUGUUAACUUCGUCAGCUCUUACACUAUGUACGAAUUGCAAAGAGCUUAUCUAUUGUAUGUAUUCGCGCAGGCGAAAAAUUGUUCGAUGACCUAAAGUAGUAUGUUGCGUCGAUAGAAAACUAUAUCUAUCGCUCCGUUAGAAAUUAUUGUGCGGACUAGGCUGGGAAAUGGUAAUUUACUAAAUAUGUUAAAUUGACAUUUGAGACGACAACUUCAGUGACUGCGGAUAAGUAGUAUUGUAUUUGCUCGAGCGAUCAGUGUCACCGUUCACUGUCUCCUCGACUCAUUAGGGCUGUCACGCACAGCGAAUCUUACUUGUGCGUGUUUUCCAGCAACGCCACGUUAUAUGAAAAUGUGUAAAGGCCAAAGAGACAAGAUAAAAAUUGUAAACAAACGGACCGUUACUAAGUUAUGUUGUCAUAAAUACGGCUGAUUCGACGAAUCAUCUUUGUCUAAUACCUCUGUAUUAGACAGCGAUCAGAACAGGUAAUCCAUAAUUGUAUAUAAUUUAUUUAAAUACAUUCUUUAUCUCGUCUAUACACAUUCAAAAAUAAAAUCACUACCACGAAGAAAAUACUUAUCUCAUAUGAUUGUUUAUUGUUCGCCAAUUACUAGUUCCCGUUAGUCAUCUAGUCCUGAAUAUCUUCUAUAGUAUGUAGACGUUUUCUGUCGCCGCCACAUCAUACAUCGGGUCAUUGACCGAUAUUUCGCGUGCGCUAGCUGCUGUGUUUGUGAUAUUUGAGAUGCGACGGCGUGGUAAAGAAUAUGUCAAGCAGAUGUUGCUUCAGGAACGAUGCGAUUCGUAAACAUGUGUAGCCCUGGGAUGGAUCUUAAGCGGUAUCAUGUAAUGUGCCGCACAAAGCGUACGGAGAGGGGAGGAGCGGGUCAAGGUAUUUCACAUCGUUAUAUUUUGCCUUUGCUUUCAGUUCUGUUUAGGUACUGUCGCAAAAUGGACGAGAUUGAACCACCUUUGUUUAAUGUGGUUACAUUUGUAAAUAAAUAAAUAUCUAAUCAUAAACCUCUGUGACUCACGCUGUGUCAUAUGAUCAUGUUAUAACUGUUACCACUCAAUCAUAUCUCAAUCUCUCGCACGAGCUCUCUUCAUCUUAAGUCGGAGUCUGUGAUAUCCAUAAUCUUUGUAUUUAAGCUGAAGGAUGGCUCACUUCACUGUGAUUUAAUUGUUUCUUCUGGGAGAAACUUUUAAUUGAGGUUUCGUGAUGACAAUAAUUGAUAGUGAGCACAAUAAAUGUCUUAUCUUAUGUUGUACUUGUCAUUUUUGUGACGUAAACUUAUUAUUUUUGUUUUAUUUAUUUAGAGCAAUCGUAACAAGACCAUCAGCUCUAACCGAAAUUCAAUAACAGAAGAAUAUUUAAAUCAUUUUUCAAUAUACUCGAUUAUAAUAAUGGGCGGAAAAAUUCUUGUAAGUUAGACCUCCAUAUCUGUCACUGCAACAUAAUUCUAUUUCACUGUGACCAGAUCAUUAAUGGCCGUUCGCAAUAUACUAUCUACAGAUAGAGAUAAAUUACUAUGUUCUACUGUCAGUAAUAAGCUGUCAAUAAUCUGAAACUGUCCCAAUAUAGCCGAUAAGUAAUUCUUAUCGCCUUAUUUCCAUACAAACUUCUAUCGCUGGUAAUCUGUAUGUCAUCCCAUUGACAGACAGCGUGUACGGAUAAGCUGAGUUACCGUCGAUAAGUUUAUUGGGACAGAAAAGUCAACGAUAGUUACGAUUUUUAUCUCAAGUAAGAGAUAGACUGAAUAUUGGGAACGGCCGUAAGUGUCUUUAUUGUACGUGAUUGAGGGUCAACUAAUGUAUUUUUAAUAUAAAAAAGAAACAUUACAGUAUAUAUGAUCCGCGUAUGCGUAUCAAUCGCUCACCGCUAAGACCCAUUCUGCGGCUUAUACAACAUAUUGGCUCUUUUCUACUAUAAUAAAUAAUAAUGAACAUCAUAACCACAAUCACAUGUCACCGCAGCAUCUCGCGACAUGACUCAAUAAUCGCCCUUUUAUUAUUUGUAACUAAUAGUUGAUAAUUUGAUAAAUAAAUAAUUUUAAAACA